AUGAAAAUGAACUUUCUGUCCAUCAUCUUCUCCAUUUUCGUUUCAUCCAUUAUUUUGAUUGCCUUCAUCAUAGCCUUGGUGACUGAUUUUUUAAGACGGAAGAAAUUGCAGCCACCAUCUCCAUGGAAGUUACCCUUAUUAGGUAGCCUGCAUCAUUUGAUGGGCAAUUUGCCAUCCCAUCAAAUCCUCAGGAACUUAGCCCACAAGUACGGACCUCUAAUGCACCUACAAAUAGGUGAAAUCCCAACUCUGGUUGUCUCAUCCUCACGCGUAGCCGAAAAGAUCUUGAAAACUCAUGAUCUCGCCUUUGCAGACCGUGUGGAGUUUCUCGGUAACAAAAUCACAAUGUAUGAUUGUUCGGACAUAGCAAUGUGUCAGUACGGCGAGUACUGGAGACAGAUGCGCAAAAUCUGUAUGAUCGAGUUACUCAGUGCUAAAAAUGUCCGUUCCUUCGAGCACAUUCGAAAUGAUGAGGCUUCGCAGCUCAUUUCAUCUUUGAAGGCGGCUGGCGGCGGCGCCGCUGCCUCUGGUGGUGCUGUUUCAGUCGAUUUAACGGAAGAAUUGCGCAAAUACUCGAAUAAUAUGGUUUCCAGGGCGGCAUUUGGUAGAGUGAACGAAGAAGAUAGAGAUGCAUUUCUAAAGUUACUGGCAGAUAUGGCUUCCAGCGAGGCUACACUGGAUGUUGUUGACUUGUUUCCGUCACUUAAGAUUCUUCAUCCCAUCCUUUCGAGAAGGAAUGAGUUCAUGAAGAUACGAAAUAUUUAUGAUAGAAUUAUGGACAGAAUUAUAGAUCAACAUUGCAAAAACUUCGCCAGGACAAAGCAGGGAAUGGGGGAGUCAGGCCAAGAAGAUCUUGUUGAUGUUCUGUUGAGAGUCAAAGGAAGUGGUGAUCUUCAAGUCCAGAUCAGCAACGAUAACAUCAAAGCAGUCCUCAUGGAUGUAUUUAUAGGGGCAACGGAGAAUCCAUCUGCAAUAAUGGAAUGGGCAAUGUCAGAGAUGAUAAGACACCCAAAUGUGAUGGCAAAGGCACAAAGUGAAAUAAGGAAUGCUUUUCGAGGAAAAGAAAAGGUCCGAGAAGCUGAUGUUCAGGAAUUGAAGUAUCUAAAACUAGUAAUUAAGGAAACUUUACGCUUACACCCCAUUGUCCCACUCUUGGUUCCCAGGAAAUGCAGAGAGAAAUGCGAAAUUGAUGGAUAUGAAAUCCCCAUCAAUACCAUGGUGAUGGUGAAUGUCUGGGCAAUCGGAAGGGAUCCCGAGUAUUGGAAAGAUCCCGAGAGCUUCAAACCAGAAAGAUUCGAAAAUAUUUCAGCAGAGUUUUCUGGGACGAACUUCCACUAUUUACCAUUCGGCGCAGGAAGGAGAGUUUGCCCUGGAAUUUCGUUCGGUUUAGCCAAUGUCGAGCUUGCUUUAGCCCUUUUGCUCUAUCAUUUUGACUGGAAACUCCCAAAUGGCCUAAACUGUGAUGAGUUGGACAUGAGUGAGUCUGUUAGAAUAACCGUGAUGAGGAAAACUAACCUUCAAUUGUUAGCUACCUUACGUGAUGAUCCAUCACUUGAUAUUUGA